CAAAGGUUAUCAUCAACCUCGGAUAUAUUCUCUUCCACUUUCCUGUUACUUGCAAGAGAUACCAACAUGCAGACGACUUUAGUUUUUAUUUUGAGUACCGGACUUGUUUCGUCCCUGCUGAGAGGCGUUGAGUCAAGGGACAUUGAUAAAAGAUUUAUUCUUUCUUUUGUAUCAGAUACAUGCGCGGAUGUGUUACCGAACUGUGCUGAUUACGGUCAAAACGCCUGUACAGACUCACAAUAUGCUGCAUGGGCAAAGGAAAACUGUCAGAAAACGUGCAAUAUGUGUCCUAGCGGAGGCGGAGGUGGGGUGCCUACACCUCCAAGCCCGGGUGGUGGCUCAACAGGAUGUGCGGACAAACUGAACAAUUGUGCUCAAUACCAAGCAGAUUCAUGUACAACUUACAAAUCAUGGGCCACUGAAAACUGUGCUAAAACAUGCAAUCUCUGUAGUAGCAGCAUGUCAGCAGGAAGUCCUUCAUUGAACAGUGGUGGAAGCAGCGGGAGUGGAAUGACCGGAACGUCAACUGGGUGUGUGUACAACUCCCAAGUUUACCAGCAAGGCCAGACAUGGAAGGACGCAUGUAAAUAUAAGUGUGAAUGUGUGGAUGGCACAUCUGGAAAAUACCAGUGCCGAUCACUAUGUUUGACAUGGAGCUUGCCAGACACAUGUCGAAUGGAUCCACCAGCACCAGGCAAAUGUUGCCCAAAACCAGUAUGUCCACCUUCAAUCAAGCUUCAGUACCCACCGGGUUAUACCGAAGAAUAGAAACGAAUCUAAAUAUUGCAACUAAAGUUGAUGAUCUCUUGCUUUAUUACAGUUUUAUCAAUAAAGGUUGUUGUUUA